UAUAGACCGGAAGCCGGGAGCUUAGUUCUCUUUCCCAUCUUGCAAGAUGGCAGGUGAAAAAGCUGAGAAGCCUGACACUAAGGAAAAGAAACCUGAAGCCAAGAAAGCCAGCAGUGAUGGCAAGGCUAAGGGUGCCCCUAAGGCUAAAAAGCCCAAGAAGGGGAAGCCCCACUGCAGCCGAAACCCAGUCCUAGUUAGAGGGAUUGGUCGAUACUCUAGAUCUGCUAUGUACUCCAGGAAAGCCAUGUACAAGAGGAAGUACACUGCUGCCAAAUCUAAGGUUGAAAAGAAGAAGAAGGAGAAGGUUCUUGCUACCAUCACAAAACCAGUUGGUGGUGACAAGAAUGGUGGUACCCGAGUGGUUAAGCUUCGCAAAAUGCCCAGAUACUAUCCUACAGAAGAUGUGCCAAGGAAGCUGUUGAGCCACGGCAAAAAACCUUUCAGUCAGCACGUGAGGAAGCUGCGUGCAAGCAUCACGCCAGGGACCAUCCUGAUCAUCCUCACUGGGCGCCACAGGGGCAAGAGAGUGGUUUUCCUGAAGCAGCUGAGCAGUGGCUUGCUACUUGUGACUGGACCUCUUUCCCUUAAUCGAGUCCCUCUGCGUAGAACACACCAGAAAUUUGUCAUCGCCACCUCCACAAAAAUCGAUAUCAGCAGCGUGAAAAUCCCCAAACACCUCACUGACACUUACUUCAAGAAGAAGAAGCUGCGGAAGCCCAGGCACCAGGAAGGCGAGAUCUUUGACACAGAGAAAGAGAAAUACGAGCUUACAGAGCAACGCAAAGUUGAUCAGAAAACUGUGGACAGGCAGAUUUUACCAAAAAUCAAAGCUAUUCCUCAGCUCCAGGGCUACAUGCGGUCUGUUUUUGCUCUUACAAAUGGAAUGUAUCCUCACAAAAUAAUGUUCUAAAUGGGUUACCAAGAACCUAAUUAAAUAACUGGUAAUUUCUUUUGGUGUC